ACUAUAACAAGGGCACUCAUGGAAUUUUUUAAUGGAAGCUAUGGUAGUUCGAUAUCAUAACACUAGCUAGUAUAAAAAAGAUGCUAGGGUUAGGAUAAGGGUUGUCAAAGCUGCCUUUUUCUUCAAGUUCUCAAAACAGCCCAGCUUCUUGAUAGUACUGGAUAACUGCUUCUGCCGAGAGAGAGAGAGAGAGAGAGAGAGAGGAGAAGAAGAAGAAGAAGAAUUAGGGUUACAAAAAAAGCAUGAAGAAGCGCGUCGUAAGAAGGGAAGGAGGACCGAAUAGAAGGUCCAGCAGUUCUUCUUCUCCAGUUGUUCGGAGCGUACGACACGCAGAGUGCCAGAAAAAUCACGCAGCGAAUAUCGGAGGGUACGCUGUGGAUGGGUGCAGGGAGUUCAUGCCUAGCGGAGAGGAGGGGACAAACGGCGCACUUUUGUGCGCCGCUUGCGGCUGCCACCGGAAUUUCCACAGGAGGGAAGUUGAAAAUGAGGUAGUUUGUGAGUCUUCUUGUUCUUGACCUCCACUCAAAUGGGGUAUAUGGUGUGCAAUCAGAUUUCAAGAAGUGUGUGACUGAUGUGUGACAUGAAUCGAUCAUACUAGUCAGUUUAGUCUAUAAAUCAAGAAUUUUUAUCAGGUGGAGUGUGGACCCUAUCCAAGAUGAAA